AUGGCGGUGGCCGUCCGAGGAACCCGAGGGGGAGGCAGCGGCGGCAUCAACGGUGGCCUCCGCACCUUUUUCUCUUACCGGAUCUUCAUCUCCGCUAUGUUCACUCUUCUCUUCCUCGCUACUUUCUCUAUUCUCUUCUCCUCUCACCCUCGCCAGCAACCUUUACUGCCUAGUAGCGGAAAUGCUUACGUACAACGCACAUUUUUGGCGAUUAAAUCAGAUCCGUUAAAAACACGAUUAGAUUUGAUAUAUAAACAAGCAAAUGAUCACAUGACAUUAGUUAAUGCAUACGCCGCGUAUGCGAGAAAGCUCAAGCUUGAUAUCUCUAAACAGUUAAGAAUGUUUGAUGAAUUAGCUAAGAAUUUAACGGAUUUACCAAUGAAACCGAGUUAUAAAUCCUUGCUUUUCGAGCCGGGUAGUCCCGUGGAUGAGGAUGUUUUAAGGCAAUUUGAGAAGGAAGUUAAGGAUAAAGUGAAAGUUGCGAGGUUAAUGAUAGCGGAAUCCAAGGAGAGUUAUGAUAAUCAGAUGAAGAUUCAGAAGUUGAAAGAUACCAUUUUUGCAGUUAAUGAGUUGUUAAUUAAGGCGAAGAAGAAUGGAGCUUUUGCGAGCUUAAUAUCUGCAAAGUCAGUACCGAAGAGUUUGCAUUGUUUGGCGAUGAGGCUUGUGGAGGAGAGGGUUGCACAUCCAGAGAAGUAUAAGGAGGAAGGGUAUAAAGCAGAGUUUGAGGAUCCAAGUUUGUAUCAUUAUGCGAUUUUUUCGGAUAAUGUGCUUGCAGUUUCAGUUGUGAUUAGGUCUGUGGUGAAGAAUGCAGAGGAACCAUGGAAACAUGUUUUUCAUGUGGUUACGGAUAGGAUGAAUAUUGCGGCUAUGAAGGUUUGGUUUAGGAUGAGGCCCGUCGAAGGUGGCGCUUACGUGGAGAUUAAGGCAAUGGAGGAGUAUAGUUUUUUGACUUCAUCGUAUGUGCCAGUUUUGAGGCAGCUUGAGAAUGCUAAUAUGCAGAAGUUUUAUUUUGAGAACCGGGCAGAGAAUGCUACCAAAGAUGCAAUAAAUAUGAAGUUUCGGAACCCUAAGUACUUGUGUAUGUUGAAUCAUCUUCGGUUUUAUUUGCCAGAGAUGUAUCCCAAGUUGCAUAAAAUUUUGUUUUUGGAUGAUGAUGUUGUGGUUCAGAAGGAUUUGACUGGGUUGUGGAAGGUUGAUUUGGAUGGUAAGGUGAAUGGAGCUGUUGAGACUUGCUUUGGGUCAUUUCAUCGUUAUGCACAGUAUUUGAACUUUUCACAUCCUUUAAUUAAGGAGAGGUUCAAUCCCAAGGCUUGUGCUUGGGCUUUUGGGAUGAAUAUAUUUGAUCUUGAUGCUUGGAGGCAGGAGAAAUGCACAGAACAUUAUCAUUAUUGGCAGAACCUGAAUGAGGAUCGUACUCUAUGGAAAUUGGGUACUCUUCCUCCUGGCUUGAUCACCUUUUACUCUACAACGAAGUCACUGGACAAAUCCUGGCAUGUGCUUGGCCUCGGAUAUAAUCCAAGCAUUAGCAUGGAUGAGAUAAGCAAUGCUGCUGUCAUUCAUUAUAAUGGAAACAUGAAACCUUGGCUUGACAUUGCUAUGAACCAAUACAAGAAUCUCUGGACUAAAUAUGUAGACAAUGAUAUGGAAUUUGUUCAGACGUGCAAUUUUGGCCUUUAG